GGGGGCUUCAUCUGAACCCCAAGAGAGCCAAUCCAUGGCGAGUCCAGUGCUAAUCGUGCUCAUCUGCAGCGAGCAGAGCCUCCAUUGUUAAUCACCCCGCCUGAUCUGGUGAAGGCAUGCACAGUGGCACAUGCCACGUCGGUCUUACCGGCAGUGCUCGUUCUCGGCGAGGUGCUCUCCCAGUUUGCGGCCGAGGCGCUCAUUGUGCCCCAGGUCAUGCUAACACGAAAUCUAAGUGUGCAGAAACAUGAUGCGAAUCGCGUAGAUAGCGCAAGGCAUAUAAAUGUCAAGGUAAGGAGGGCAUUGGCACUGCUCGGUGAAUGAAUGUCCAUGGCAUGAACUGUGAACAUCUGGCGGAUCCCAGGCGAAUUAGUGUCGGGGCACAACCUACCCAAUGCGAAUGGAGGGCUGCGGCAGGCUAGGAGGAUUGAAGCUCAAUUGACCGGUCGGGAGCCUACAUGUGGUGAACUUGGCCAAUUGAGGGCUGGCAUGAUUAUAAUGUACAAUAAUGUCUGCCCUCCUCUGCCUGCAGGCUCGAACCACCUGAAGGGAUCUACUGAUACAAAUAAGCCGUGUCGGCCAAGUCAUGGAGGCUGUGUGCCUCAUGUAAAGGGCUGCUGCAACCAGCUCGUCGGCACAGUUUCAUCAGCAUUGACAACAUCACGAGAUUGCGAAUUGCGAUUUCCAAAGUCGAAUUUUGUGGAUGUGCAACAAUCAGACGCCGAAAUGCCACGUCAGAUUACCCAAAAUAUCCCCAACUAUUGGCUACGAGAGGAUGCUCUGAAGGGAUGCUUGGGGCGCUUCUUUCCUAAUCAAGUGAUCAUCGUCGAACCCGGAGAGGAGUCUUACAAUAUAACGAUCCCGAGAGAACUUGCACAGAAUGAAUUGGAUAUAAUCAAUUCGCUUCGUGUUGAUCCGAACAAGAAGAAGAAAAAGAAGAAGAAGGACGGUACUCAGUAGUGGAGUCUAGGGAUGAACGAAUUGUUGCAAGGUUGAGAACGUGGCCUGGGCUGAGCUUUAUCUGUAAAAACUGUCUCAUUCCACUAGGGCGUCCGUAGCUGCGCUGUGCAAUCAAACACGAAAUUGCAAUCUGAUAGGUCUUGCAUGCCCUUUACUUUUC